AUGCCAGACGGAGAUAUUCUAAAUUGCGAGAAAGAACAUGCUAACAUCUCCGAUGCAAACUUUCAAGAGCCGAGUGAGGAAUUGGAUAAAAAGAUUAAGGCCGGUGCAAAUGGAAAGCGUUCCAAUGAUGAUGGAGUUGAUGCUGACGAUGAAGCUACCCCCAAGAAGACGAAAAAAACAAAGACAGAAAAGAAGGUAAAAAUUUCGAAAGAGACCUCAUAUGAAGGGUUUUGA